AUGCGUCUGCCUGGGCCAAUAGAUCUGUGCUACAGCGUCGACAUUGCCUUUUGCUCCGUUCAGCUUACCAACGACAUGGGUCGCACUGCAGUCAAUGUGCACGCUACGAGCGUCAACACCACCAACAUCAGCCGCCAGGACCUGGUUGAUUGGAUCAACACCACCCUCAACCUCAGCUAUUCCAAGGUCGAAAAUCUGUGCACUGGCGCGGCGUACUGCCAACUGAUGGACAUGAUGUUUGGUCCGGGCGUCGUGCCCAUCAAGCGCGUCAAGUUUGACGCCAAGCAUGAACACGAGUUUAUCGAAAACUUCAAGCACCUCCAGCAAGCUUUCCUCUCAACCAAGUGUGACAAGGUUAUCCCCGUGGACCGCCUCAUCAAGGGCCGCUUCCAGGAUAACUUCGAGUUUGGUCAGUGGUUCAAAAAGUUUUUCGAUGCCAACUUUGACGGUCGCGACUAUGACGCGGCUGCCCGCCGCGCCGGCAAGAAAGUGAUGGCACAUACCAAUCCCACCAACUCCAAGGUGGCUGGCGCAUCUGCCACCCCGUCGACUACGACCUCCCCGAGCAAGCGCAAACCAGCAGCUGCCUCAGCUGGCGCUGCCUCUGCCUCAGCCUCAGGUUCGGCGGCUGCACGCUCCCGUGUCUCUGGCCCCAGCACUACUGCCGCUGCCGCCAGGGACACUGGCUCUUCCGCCGCCAACAGCCAGGCGGUCAAGGAGAAGCAACUGCAGGUCGAUCAGCUCUCCACAGAGGUCGAGGAACUGCGCCUUACUGUUGAAGGCUUGGAAAAGGAGCGUGACUUUUACUUUGGCAAGCUGCGUGACAUUGAGAUUAUUUGCCAAGAGGUACCGGAAGAUCAGCGCGGCUCAACCAUCGAGCGUGUCUUUGAGGUGCUCUACGCUCUUGAAGAAGGCUUUGAGGCCCCUGUCGAAGACCCCGAAGAAGCAUAUUAG